CGGAGCUACGUUUGUGUGUACGUAGCCAUAAAGCGAGACAACUUUCUUUCCCUGUUCUCUCGGAAGCCUGUUCCGGAUUGUUUGCGCUGCUUUAAAACUCAGCUGCGGCAACAUGGUGGCGAAGCAGAGAAUCCGCAUGGCGAACGAGAAGCACAGCAAAAACAUCACGCUCAGAGGCAACGUCAAAUCCUCGAAGAGUAACACGGACGACAAAGUCUCAGUGGGACCAUGGCUCCUGGCGCUCUUUAUCUUUGUCGUGUGUGGGUCAGCCAUAUUCCAGAUCAUUCAGAGCAUCCGAAUGGGAAUGUAACAGGAAGAAGCACGGAUGCGCUGCACAGCGACGACUCGCCAUUCCUACGUCCCGCUUCCUGCUCCUUCGCAAUAAAGGAAUUUCUCUCCGCACCUUCGGUUUAAUUUAAGCGAAUAAUUCUUCUUUCCAAGGUGGAUUGGCGCGUUUCCUCUUCCUGUGCCUUAUUACCGUGAGGAAAUGUGGUGGUUUUUUUUUUUUUUAAAUCAAGCCAUUAACUGCCAUCCACUAGGUACGUUUUGUUCGUUCAAUGCCAGCAAAGAUGUGACGUGUCUUAAUUUCUUCUCUGGAGCAGGUGGUCAUUUUUAUCUCUAAAUGAAGGCGCUUGAUGUAUCCGGGUUUUUUUUUUUUUUUUUAAAUAAAACAUUUAACUGACCAAAUGGUGGGAAACUUUGCACAAGGUGAAGGAGAUAAAAGCCAGGAACAGAAGCAUAGGAUCCAGUCAGUUGAAAGAUCAACCCUCUCCCUAAUGUGACCACUAUAAUGUAAUUUUCUUUCAUUCCUGUUCGAGUUUGUGAUUCUAACAGUAUUUCAUUGUGUUUCAGUUCUGAUUAGCACCAGAGUUUCGGGCGACAUAUGGGCUUCGUCUCAUUUUACACUUCUCAGGCACAUACUGCUCUUUGGCAUACCAUAGUGACCUAGAAAUUGUGCAGUUUCAGACGUAAUUGAAGCUUUGAAUAGAUCAUUGGGUGAAACUGAAAUAAAAUGUCAUUGAGA